AUGCAGCCCUUUCUCUUUAUAAUCAUUUUAUAUAACUGCAUAUGUUUGACAUUAAUAUAUUCGUUUAAUCCAUCAAUUGGGAAUAUCAUCAAUGUGCUAUUAAAAACACCUUAUAAUGUAUCUUUUGGUAAAUCCGAUAAAAAUGCGGAAAUUUCGAAUUUAGAAGGAACGAGGAAUCUUUUGAAUGAAAUCAACAUUGAAGAAACGGAAAAAAUCGUCGAAUUCGAAAGUAAAGAAUCAAAAAAUGAUGGCCAAGAUGUGUUGAAUAACGAAUCGGCACCUGAAUCAGUGGUAGAACAUGAAAUGGCAACUACUAAAGAAGCUAUAGUAGAAGAGGCACCAAUUGAUAAGGAAACUGUAAUAGAAGAGACCGUUGAUAAUGAUGAUCCUUCAGAUGAAAUAAAAAGAAUUAAAGAAGUCACAGCCGAAGAAAUCGAAAAAGUGAAAGAGAGUGCAGCAGAAGAAAUAAAAAAAAUAAAAGAAACUGCAGCAGAAGAAGUAGAAAAGAUUAAAGAAACUAUAGCCGAAGAAAUCGAAAUUGCUAAAGAAAUAAUAGCAAAUGCUGUAUUAGAAAAUAAAGAAAAAGAAGAGGACAAAGAACCAGUAUCAGAAGGUACAGAAGAAAAUAAAGAAAAAGAAGAGGACAAAGAAUCAGUAACAGAAGGUACAGAAGAAAAUAAAGAAAAAGAAGAAGAUAAAGAAACCGUAUCAGAAAGUACAAAAGAAAAUAACGAAGUAUUAGUAAGCGGUAAUAUAGAAAAUGAAUUUAUUGUGGAGAAGAUAGAUGAAUCAAAUGUUGAAAAUCUUAGUGAAAUAGAGGAAAAAUAUGACAUAUAUAAGGUGAUUCAAGAAAUAGAUGAUGGGGAUUUCAAAAAAUAUGAACAUUCCUAUUAUUUGGAAAAUACAUCUCCCGAUGCAGAGGAUAAUCUUGACGAUGAUAUGGAGGUUGUCGGAUCUUCAAAAGAAAAUAAUAGUACUAUUAGUGAUAAGAAGAAUAAGAAUAGUGUUUAUUUAAUUCCAGGGCUGGGAGGAAGUACGUUAAUUGCGGAAUAUAAUAAUGCACAAAUUGAAAGCUGUAGUUCAAAAGUAUUACAUUCUAAACCUUAUAGAAUAUGGCUUCGUUUAUCCAGAAUGGGGUCAAUUAAAUCAAGUAUAUAUUGUUUAAUUGAUACAUUAAAAUUAGAUUAUGAUAGAGAAAAUAAAAUAUACCUCAACAAACCAGGUGUAAUUAUAGAUGUUGAAAAUUAUGGAUAUAUAAAAGGUGUUGCAUUUUUAGAUUAUAUAAAAAAUAGACCACUGCGUUUAACAAGAUAUUAUGGUAUUAUUGCAGAUAAAUUUUUGGAAAAUGACUAUGUUGAUGGAAAAGAUAUAUUAAGUGCCCCAUAUGAUUGGAGAUUUCCCCUUUCACAACAAAAAUAUCACGUUUUAAAGUCACAUAUUGAAUAUAUAUAUAAACUGAAAAACGAAACUAAAGUCAAUUUAAUAGGUCAUAGUUUAGGUGGCUUAUUUAUUAAUUAUUUUUUAUCAAAAAUUGUAGAUGAUGAAUGGAAAAAAAAACAUAUAAAUGUUGUAAUACAUAUUGGUGUACCAUUUGCUGGCGCGAUUAAGGCAAUUAGAGCACUACUUUAUAAUAAUAAAGGUUAUACGCUUUUUAAAAUAAAAAAUAUUCUUAAAGUAUCGAUAUCUGCAAGUGUAAUGAAAGCUAUUACAAAUAAUAUAGGCUCUCCAUUUGAUCUUUUACCUUAUAGAAAAUAUUAUGACAGAGAUCAAAUAGUUGUAAUAAUAAAUAUGAGUGAGUUGCCAAUCGAUGAGAAGCUUGUUCAAAGCAUAGUAACCGAGUGUGGAAUAUAUAACGAAAGUUGUUACACUGACAGAGAAGACGUAAGUCUAAAGACAUAUACAUUAUCAAAUUGGCACGAAUUGUUAAGUAAUGAUAUGAGGGAAAAAUAUGAAAAUUAUACCCAAUAUACCGAUCGAUUUUUUUCAGUAGAUCAUGGUAUUCCAACAUAUUGUUUGUAUAGUACCACUAAAAAAAAAAACACCGAAUAUAUGCUCUUCUACCAAGAUAUGCACUUUAAUCAGGAUCCUACAAUAUUUUAUGGUAUUGGCGAUGGAACUAUUCCAUUGGAAAGUUUAGAGGCCUGUAAAAAACUCCAGAAUGUGAAGGAAACUAAGCACUUUACAUAUUAUAAUCAUCUUGGAAUUUUAAAAACCUAUAAAGUUAGUGAUUACAUAUACAAUAUCAUAGAUCAAAAUGCAACUAAUUAA